ACUUCCACAAUCACGUGUGAAUCAGAGAUUCGAGUAACGCCAGGGCGUGCCUUCCUCAAUUGGCGGCGUGGAUCGUGAAAGAAGCUCUCAAAGUUCACUCCUACGCAUGAGACUUCCACCUUUCACAGUUGGUUGCAAAAAAACCCACUUUCCCGUCUGCUUAAAUUCAAGGCGUGGUGCUGUAGAAGACCUAAGACGAGAAUCCCAGAGAACAUUGACUUAACAAGGCUCAGAUCCUAGGAAAUGCCCCUCACUCCAGGAAACAUGAGCAGCCAUCAAGGAUUCGCCAACCGAGAUCUUCGAUCAAGCCAGGUCACUCACAUAUCUGACCGAAUGCAAAUUCCCGCCAGUGACCACAACCAUCUACCCGGUUUGAGAUAUCCACCCCACCUCGAUGGCUCCAGUGACAUCCGACAAUUCUUCACACAAACACCAUCAGCAGCAGCACUCCGGGCAUCUGGUAUAGCCAAUAGGCCAGCCAACCAUCCGCCCGUCCGAGGACCUGCCAAUGUUACGGACCUCCUACCAUGGUGCACGGCGACAGGUCGCCUAAGCGAGCCGCAAGUCAUAGCUCUCAGCGACGUGGCUGGAAGUUUGAAGGAGUUGAUGCUUCUAUCGUUGCGUGCAAUCAAGGAAGAAGGUACCAGACAGGCGGUUGAGAGUUUACUAGGCCCUGAACUUGCGAGAUGUGUUAUCGAGUUCUGGGCCGAAGAGUGGAUUGCUGAUGUAUAGAUGGAGUCACAUGGAUUUAUCAAUCAGGUCCAUUAUGGAGUGCAAAUGGGGACGAAGAAAACCGGAGUCAUGCAGGCUUAGUUACAAACCAGGGUAGAAUCAUGAUAUAAGGU